AUGCGAUUUAGUUUGUCUGCAACUGAAGCUGCAACGAAUAAGUCUUCUCAGGCCAAUAAAAUAGGAAAGGGAGGAUUUGGAGAAGUUUACAAGGGUAUUCUUCCUAAUGGGCAAGAAGUUGCAGUCAAGAGACUCUCUAAGGGCUCUCAACAAGGUUCACAACAAGAGCAAAAAAUGUCAAGUUGGUUUGAACGGUGCAAAAUUAUUAGAGGAAUUGCUCAAGGACUUUCAUAUUUACAUGAACAUUCACGAUUCAAAAUUAUCCAUCGUGACUUGAAACUCAGUAAUAUUUUAUUUGAUAACAAUAUGAAGCCCAAGAUAUCAGACUUUGGCAUAGCAAAGAUGUAUGCUAAUGCUAGCGAUCAAAAUGAAGAAAGUACGAGUAAGAUUGUGGGAACACAUGACUAUAUGGCUCCCGAAUAUGUAAUAUAUGGAAAAUUUUUGGAAAAAUCAGAUAUUUUCAGUUUUGGUGUUAUAAUUUUGGAGAUAAUUAGUGGCAGGAGAAACGGCAGCUCCAAUAAACCACACCUCUUAAGUCAUGCUUGGAAACAAUGGCAGAAUGGGACACAACUUGAAAUAUUGGACCCAUGUCUGAUGAGAGGAUCUUAUUCAGAAAAUGAAAGCAUAAAAUGUUUGCAGAUUGGGUUACUAUGUGUUCAAGCUGAUCCAAAUGAUAGACUCACGAUGUCUAACCUUGUUUUCUAUCUGAGCAAUCUGUGGAUUGAAUUGCAAAAUCCAAGAGAACCUGCCUUCUUUACUCCCGGAAGUGGAAUACGAGAGGUCUUCUAUGAAUGA